GUCAUACUUAUGUCAAAUUAUUGUUUAAUGAGAUUGUUUGUAUGAACUUAAAUAUAGUUUCUAUUUUACUUAAUAUCUACCUUAUGGUAAUUCUGUUGUGAAAUGAAACUUAAACGUGAUAUACAUGUGAUCCAGUGAUGUCGUUUGAUAAUGUCCGAACAAAUAGAAACUUAUUGCCGGCUGUGUGCUGAACCGACGCCUAAAACCCAGCUCAUAGAACCAGAAGAAGAUGUAGCUAUUACUUCCAAAAUACUCGCCAAACUAACCUGGAUCAACGUUGAUGUGUCUGUAUCAAACGGCCUUCCGAAUACAAUUUGUUUCUCCUGCUUCGACCAGCUCGAGAGAACUUGGGCUUUCUUAAACAAUGUAAGGUGUGCACAGGACAAAUUAAAUACUAUAUUUAAAAAGGAUUCCGAGGAAAAAGUUAUUGAAAUAGAUUCGAAAAACAAUUUGAAUUGCCAGAAUGUUGCUGGGAAACCUCUGGACAAAGAUUGGGAGUCAGUGGAAGGUUUUAAAUCGGAAAUUAAAGUUGAAAACGCUGAUAUAUUACAAGUCAUACCGAUAACGGAUAUAAAAGCGGAAGCAGAUAGUGAAGAAGAUUUUAAACUAAGAAUAGAUUAUGAUAGUUUAGAUUUAAGUUCGACUGAUAGCGAAGCACCCUUAGUUAUAACCAAAAAGAACAAGAAAUUAAAACGUAAAGUAAGAGAGAGCAAGAAAGAUGUAAAUGAAAUCUCAGUAGACUCGAUUGUAUCAUCGUGGGACGAACAAGGAUGUAGAUGUGCCGAGUGUGAUGCUCAAUGCAAAAGCAUAUUGUCAUUACAACUGCACUCAAUCCAAAUACACAAUAGCUGUUGCGUAUUCAAAUGUAUAGACUGCUCAAAAGUCGCUAGAGGUUACCGAUCAUUCAUAAGACACAUACGGACACACAACAGAGAUUUGAGACACUGCUGCGAAUAUUGCAACGAAGUAUUCAGCUCGAUAUCUAAACUAAAAUUACAUAAGGUUAAAGAGCACAGAUUUGUGUUCAAGACUAAAUGCACGUCUUGCGGCGCCGGCUUUGAUACUGUUGAACAACUAAACGAACACAAGGCGCUAUUUGUUAAGGACGCCAAGAAGAUUAAAAUAUCUGAAGCAAUUAAAGAGGAAAGUUCUGAAAUGAAGUGUGAUCAUUGCGAGAAAGUUUUUAAAACAAGAGCCAAUCUCUUGCAGCAUAAAUUACUCCACACCGAGAGGAUACGGAAUUUUGCAUGUCAUAUAUGCGGCAAGAUGUUCUUCACUAAAGGCACCUUAGUAACACACAUGGUUACUCACGAAGACACAAAGCCUUUUAAAUGCGACCACUGUCCCUUGACCUUCCGAGCUAAAGGCAACCUUAUAUCCCAUAUAUCAUUACAUUCUGGCCUGAAACCGUUCAUAUGUGAGCAAUGUGGUAAAAGUUUCAGAGUUAAAAGACACUUAAUGUCACAUUCCAUAGUACACACAGAUCUAAGACCAUUCGUUUGUGAAUACUGCCAUAAGGCUUUCCGUUUUAAGACCCGUUUAAAUCUCCACCUACGACAACACACCGGGGUCAAGCCGUACAAAUGUGUUUACUGCCAACGAGAUUUCACAAACGGAUCCAAUUAUAAGAAACACAUGAAGAGACGCCACGGCAUCGACACGUCAUCGAGAAUAAUGUUCAAUAACUCAAAUCCCGUCAAAGUUGGUGCUUUUAAUUUAAAAGCAAAUUCAUAACAAAAUUCUGUAUGAAUAUUUUGUUACAAGUAUUGAAUGAGAUCUAUAUAAAUCGGGUUGAAAUGUUUAUAACCCCAGCAGGAAACCUCUGUGGAACUUAGGCUGAGAUAUGCGAAUGAUACAUGCAUACAUGCAUAUGCGAGAUAUUAAGGGUUAUAUAUCUCAUUAUUGGCUCCCACAUCGUAUGAAGUUAAAUAAUAAUUAAACUUAAAUAACUCAUAUUUUCAAGUCUGUAGAUAAUAUAGAACGAAAAGUGAAAGUUAAAACGAUUAAUAACAAUUUAAACUUACUAAUCACAUGUAGUGUACAGUAAAUAGGUUUUUUGUAUACUUAUUUAUUUUUUAAAUCAAGCCGGGCUGCUGUCAACAAAUAUUUUUGUGAAUUAUAUUUGCUAAUGCCAUAGUAAAUAGUUUAGUUUU